GUUAUGAUACAGUAUGUGCCAAAGUUUUACUUUUUUAAAAUGGACUCAUAACAACAACAAAAACAGGUUACAUUAUCUUAAUGAAUAACUAACCUCUUUGCAAUGCAAGGAAACCCUCUUAAUGACUCGUUGAUGGAAUUUUUACUUGGUUAUAUUCCAGAUUAGAUAUUAUUUGCAACAGAAAUGUAUGAAUUUGUCAUAUCGAAUCAAAAGAUCCUGCAUUUUUUUACUCACGCUGGGAAAUACGAGACUAAUCCAUGUCAUCGAUUAGGAUUAAUGGGAAAGCCUGUGCUGACUAUUGUUUAAAAAGCUUUGUCAAUAAACAGUAUAAGCCAGUCAUUCAGGAGAGAAAGCACACAAAACUAUUAAAUAUGAAGUGCUUGUACAGUAGAUAGUGCUUUUUCAUUAGUAAUGAGCUGUUUGUUAGUAGAGCAAUCAUGAAUGUUAUUAAUGUAACACGAUCAUGCAAAAGAUGAAAUGCUAUUAAGACUGGAUCAUAUACAGUAUGACCAGCAGUUUGUCUAUUUUCUCACUAUAUACCAUUUUCUGAUUCUAUAUUUCUGUUUGUUUGGAGUGAAUUAGUAUAUUAGUAGAUUUUUUACGACUGGAUUGGAUUAUUCUGGAUGCUGUCUUCUACAUCCUGCUAAAUUGCUCAUGCUCCACCCUCAACACUAUAUUUCAGUGAAUAUUCUCGCGCCCCAGUUUCUAAGCAACAGUUGUGCUGUGAUUAUGAAAGGUCAGCAUUUCUUUUCACUGUAAGCCUUGCGUUUUAUGAGAGGAGAACGGUUGCUGAUGUGUAGUUGUUGUUUGUUUGCACUAUGCUUCUAAUAAGAUUCACAGCUUGUCUGAAUCUGCCUUUUAAAUAUAUUCUGAAGCAAAGCCGUUUGCUGGACACGGAUGAUGAAACAUCUCAGAGACAUUUUGGCCAAAAAUACAGGAGAAUGAUGGAAACUCAGGAUGAGUUAAAAAACAUCCAACCAAAACCUGGCCUGCAGAUCUGGACCAUCAAUAAAAUGAAAAUGGUCCCUGUCCCAGAGCAAGCACAUGGAAAUUUUUUUGAAGGUGACUGCUACAUUAUUCUUAAUGUGAGCAACAGCGCCACACAAUCCGCUGACAUCCACUACUGGAUAGGCAACACGUCCUCUCAGGACGAGCAGGGGGCGGCAGCCGUCUAUGUGACGCAGCUGGAUAAGUGUCUCGGCGGCAGUCCGGUUCAAUACCGGGAGGUCCAGGGAUGUGAAUCAGUCAAAUUCAAAAGCUACUUCAAGAAUGGCCUCAUAUAUAAAAAAGGAGGUGUGGGAUCAGGAUUCACACAUGUGGAGACCAAUGUGUAUAACAUUCAGCGCCUGCUUCAUGUCAAAGGAACCAAACAAGUGACUGCAAGAGAGGUGGAGGUUUCCUGGAGCAGUUUUAAUCUAGGGGACAUAUUCCUGCUGGACAUGGGAAAAACAAUUGUACAAUGGAAUGGUCCUCAAAGCAACAGACAAGAAAAAUUAAAGGCCAUUCUGCUGGCUCAGGACAUCAGGGACCGGGAGCGUGGAGGCCGGGCUCAGAUUGGUGUGAUUGAUGGUGGGCAGGAAGAAGCCUCUCCUGAGCUGAUUAAGAUCAUGACAUCUGUUUUAGGUCAGAGGACUGGACACCUGAAAGAGCCAAUCCCUGAUGAUAAACCAGACCAAAACCAGACCUCCAACGUCAAACUGUACCAUGUAUCUGAUGCCAGUGGUCAGCUGUUGGUACAGGAAGUGGCUUCCAGUCCACUGACCCAGGAUUUGCUGAGUUCCACUGAUUGCUAUAUUUUAGAUCAAGGUGGCAGCUCAGUAAUGGUCUGGAAAGGAAAAGCAGCAUCAGAUGAAGAGAGACGCUCAGCACUGAGUCGUGCGGUUAGCUUUAUAAAAGCGAAGAACUAUCCAUCCAACACAAAAGUUGAGGUUAUGAGUGAAGGAGGAGAAUCUGCCAUGUUUAAACAUCUCUUUAGGUCCUGGAAAGAAAAAGGUCAAACUCAAGGACUGGGAAUGACGCAUUCAGUAGGAAAGAUAGCUAAAGUGGAUCAGGUGAAGUUUGACGUCAUGGAGCUUCACGCUCAACCAAAGCUGGCUGCUCAGGAGCGGAUGGUGGAUGAUGCCUCUGGACAUGUUCAGGUUUGGCGCAUUGAGAACCUUGAACUGAAGGAGGUAAACCCAAGCACAUAUGGACAGUUCUAUGGAGGAGACUGUUAUCUAGUGUUGUACACCUACAACAGAGCCAACAAACCACAGUACAUCCUCUACAUGUGGCAGGGUCGCCAUGCUACACAGGAUGAGGUGACGGCAUGUGCUUAUCAAGCGGUGAAUUUGGAUAACAAAUACAAUGGAGCCCCAACGCAGGUCAGAGUGGUCAUGGGAAAAGAGCCCAGACAUUUCCUGGCCAUCUUUAAGGGCAGACUCAUCAUUUUUGAGGGUGGGACCGGCAGACCGGGGGUUGUGAACCCUGACCCUGGUGCCAGACUCUUCCAGGUCAGAGGGACACAUGAGAUGAACACCAAAGCAACAGAGGUGCCCUCCCGAGCCGCCUCUCUCAACACCAAUGACGUCUUUCUGCUCAAAACUCAGCAGAAUGUCUUCCUGUGGUAUGGCAAGGGCUGCAGUGGAGACGAGAGGGAGAUGGGAAAAGCCGUAGCUGAUUUGCUUUCUGAGCAGGACAAGCAGAUUGUGAUGGAAGGGCAGGAACCAGCUGCCUUCUGGGUGGUUUUGGGAGGGAAAGCUCCAUACGCCAGUGACAAGAGGCUGGAGACAGAAGUGGCACUCCACGAGCCUCGUCUGUUUGAAUGCUCCAAUCAGACGGGCCGAUUCCUUAUGACAGAAGUGGCUGACUUCACUCAGGAUGACCUGGACGAGGAUGAUGUCAUGCUUCUAGACACCUGGGAGGAGAUUUUCCUUUGGAUUGGCAACUCAGCCAACCAGUACGAGACACAGGAGUCGUAUAACAGUGCAGCGGACUAUCUUAAAACCCACCCAGCGGGACGGGACCCUGGGACACCCAUCACCAGUGUUAAACAAGGCUAUGAGCCCCCCACCUUCACUGGCUGGUUUAAUGCUUGGGAUGCUCAUAAGUGGAGCGGAGGCCUUUCAUAUGAGGAGAUGAAAAGCAAGCUGGGUGAUAUUUCGCAAAUCACUGUGAAUCUCAACAACACAAGUCUGAAUAAGAAGACAGAAGGAGGUGGUGGGAGCUACAGCGCUCCUGGAGGGCCAGGAAAUAUAAAAUCUCAUAAUCAGAGGAUGUCCUCCUCCAUCUUCACUGCACAUGUAGACCAGUCUCCCAGCAGAGCAAAGCCUUCUGGGAUGCUUCAUUCCGAGCAGCUUGGUAAAGCUCCUCAACAUCAGCAGCCUCAAGGAGUGAACCCCGAAAAACAAGAGGAAUAUUUGACGGAUGCAGAAUUUGAGAAUCUCCUCGGAUGCACCCGUGACAGUUUCCAGCGGCUGCCUAAAUGGCGUCAGAACGACCUUAAAAAAAAGGCAGGACUGUUUUGAGUUGGUUUUGCUUUAAUGAGAUACAAUCUGAUCUUCAUAUUUAUAUGUAUUUUGGCCUAGAAAAUGGUCACCUAUAAAAUGUUUCGACUCAAAAGCUAACAUGACCUAAUAAAACUGCUUUGUAAAUAUCUUACACAGAACAUCAGGAUUAUCCCAAUAAAAUAACUUUAUCAGUUGCAUGCAGUAAAACACAUCUAAAUGAUUUUCAGGGCUAAUAAAAACACAAUGUAUG